AUGCUUGGUGGGGUCAGUGCCGGUGUUGGUGCAUUCUUCUUACUCUCCGAAGGAAUUGGUGCUGGUUUGGGCACCAAUUCUGGUGCUGGUGCCUGCUUCACUGGUGUAGGUACUGGCGGUGGUACUGUUGGUGCCACAGGUGGUGGUGCUGGUGCUGGUGCUGGUGGCUUUUCAGAUUUAGGUACUGGUGGUGGUGGUGAUGCCGGUGCCACAGGUGGAGGUGGUGGUGGUGCAGGUGGCUUUUCGGAUUUAGGUACUGGUGGUGGUGGUGAUGCCGGUACCACAGGUGGAGGUGGUGGUGGUGGUUUUGAAAGAGCUGAGGGAGGUGGAGGUGGUAUACUUGAGUUUGAAGGGGUGGUAAUUGCGGGCGGCUUUGGUACAGCAGGUGGAAGUGUCAAAGUUGCAUUUGCCGGAGUUUGCGCAUAG